UUCUCUCUAUCAUCUCUCUCCUUCUCCUCCUCUACCAAAUAAAAACUCUCUCUUUCUCUCUCUCUAAAAUACAUAACUAAUAUAUAUAUAUAUAUAUAAAUACCUCAUCAUCAAAUCAAGAGCGCGUCCCUGCGCGUCGUCAGUAUGUUAUUAUAGACGCCAUUGAAAUUGUGUUAAAUCGGGUUUGAUUCGGAUUGCACAAAAACUCUUUUUUUUUUUUUCCCUAAUUCUCUCAUCUUCUUCUUUCAUUUCUUCUUCUUCUUCUUCUGGGGAAGAGGCAGUUUAAAAUUAUGCCCUCUGUUCAAAUCGUGCCUAUCCUCCUCAGAUCUUAUUAGUCUACGAGAUUCGGCAUCUGGGUUUUAUUCUUCUUCUUCUUCUUCUUAUUUGCAGAGAGAGAGAGAGAGAGCAAAAUGCAAUCGGAUAAUGGAAAGCUUUUCAUCGGUGGGAUAUCUUGGGACACCAAUGAGGAACGCCUCAAGGAGUAUUUCAGCAGUUUUGGUGAAGUGAUCGAGGCUGUCAUCUUGAAAGAUCGUACCACUGGUCGUGCCCGUGGCUUCGGUUUUGUUGUCUUUGCUGAUCCUUCUGUUGCUGAGAUUGUUAUCACCGAAAAGCAUAACAUUGAUGGCCGUUUGGUCGAAGCUAAGAAAGCUGUUCCCAGAGAUGAUCAAAACAUGGUUAAUAGAAGCAACAGCAGCAGCAUCCAAGGUUCUCCCGGUGGUCCAGGUCGCACUAGGAAGAUUUUUGUUGGAGGAUUACCUUCUUCCGUUACAGAGAGCGAUUUCAAGACUUAUUUUGAACAGUUUGGGACAACUACUGAUGUGGUUGUUAUGUAUGAUCACAACACACAAAGGCCUAGAGGUUUCGGUUUCAUAACCUACGAUUCCGAGGAGGCCGUUGAAAAGGUAUUGCUCAAGACGUUCCAUGAACUAAAUGGUAAAAUGGUUGAGGUUAAGCGAGCUGUUCCAAAGGAGUUAUCUCCAGGUCCAACUCGCAGCCCGCUUGGUGCAGGUUACAGCUACGGAGUUAAUAGGGUCAAUAACCUCCUUAAUGGAUAUGCUCAAGGGUUUAAUCCUGCAGCAGUUGGAGGCUAUGGACUUAGGAUGGAUGGUCGUUUCAGUCCUGUUGGUGCUGGAAGAAGCGGUUUUGCAAGCUUUAAUUCUGGCUACGGGAUGAAUGUGAACUUCGAGCAAGGAUUGCCCACAGGGUUCACUGGAGGUACAAACUUCAAUGGCAACGUUGACUAUGGCCGAGGAAUGAGCCCUUACUACAUUGGUAACACAAACCGGUUUGGUCCUGCGGUUGGCUAUGAAGGGGGCAAUGGAGGAGGAAACUCAUCCUUCUUUAGUUCGGUUACACGGAACCUUUGGGGAAACAAUGGUGGUCUUAACUACAACAACAACAACACUACAAACUCAAAUUCCAAUACAUACAUGGGGGGAUCAUCAACUGGGAACAACACACUUAGUGGUCCAUUUGGCAAUUCGGGAGUCAAUUGGGGUGCUCCUGGAGGAGGAAACAAUGCUGUUAGUAACGAGAAUGUCAAGUUUGGUUAUGGAGGAAACGGUGAAUCUGGUUUUGGGUUGGGAACCGGUGGUUAUACAGCAAGAAACCCAGGGGCUAACAAGGCAGUACCAUCGUCUUCAUUCUCUUCUGCCUCGGCAACCAACAACAGUGGUUACGAUGCAGCAGGACUCGCAGAGUUUUACGGGAAUGCUGCAGUUUAUAGUGAUCCCACAUGGAGAUCACCAACUCCUCAGGCAGAAGGGCCUGCUACUUUUAGCUAUGGGAUUGGAGGAGGGGGUCCUUCUUCAGAUGUUUCAGCUAGAAGUUCAUCUCCAGGUUACGUUGGCAGUUACAGUGUGAACAAGAGACAAUCAAACAGAGGCGAGCCAUCACGGUGAACGAUCUGUGUCUUUUGGCGAAUCUUUUAGAUUAUCUUCUCCUUCAUACAAAUUAUGCCCAUGAGGACGAAACUUGAUCAUAUCAUCAAUCAGCUAGAGCUAACCAGAGAAUCCCGCAGAUUUUUCUGUCAUGGUUUGGUUUUCUAAAUUCAUUGUUCCUCCUAGGCUAUUUCUGCUUUCUUUCUUCUUUUUUUUCUUUCUAUUUUUGUUUUCUUUAUUUCUUUCAACGAGGGAUAGAAGAAACUGUAUCUGUCUCUGGCGAGGCGGUAAUACAUAAGAAGAGUUCAAAACCAAAAAAAAAAAAAAAAUGAUCCUUCUUCCUCAGUUUUCUUCAUUGUCAUGUAAUGGUUCUUCUUUCUUCUUCUUCUUCUUGGGGGUUAUGGUUAAGGUUUGUGUUUUGAGGCAGAUUUGUACUAGAGUUUAAGUUUCUUUUGUUUUGUCGUUUUUUUUUUUAAGUCUUUUGUUUUUGAUAGUGUGAGAUAUGGAAAGAGGAUUUAGCCAUGUAGGGCUUUCGAGAAUAAGUCUUUUUAUCACUAUGAGAUUAUUUUGUUCUCAAGCUGUUUGUAUGUCUUAUGCGAACGCAAGCAAAACUCGUUUCUGUUGAUGUACUUCUAUUUUAUAGAAACUAUAUUUUUAUGUUUUCUUCUUGA